UUAAAUAAUGCCCAUUUUCUACCAAGUGACACACCCUCCUUCAAGCAGUCUCUACUCAAAGUUGCCCUAUUUCUUGCUCUAUGAGGGUCCAAGAUGAUCAGGAGACGUGGUGUGCUGCUGCUAGUAUUCCUCACGUGCUGUCAAGUGCUUGGAUUCCUGCUAUUCUGCAAAGGCUUUCUCCUCAAGCGCGUUGUAAUCCCCGAAUACUCAAACUGCACUCAUCCACACACCACCGCAUAUCCACUCUCAUCUUGUGACAAUCAAGUGAGGAGAUAUAAACGAGUCGUUUGGCUGCUAAUUGAUGCUCUCCGCUAUGAUUUCAUGCUCUGGGAUGAAUCACUAUCACCGCCACCGAUCUAUCGGAACAAAAUGCCCCACGUACACAACCUCCUUCUAGACCACCCUUCAAAUGCAAAACUCUUCAAGUUCGUUGCAGACCCACCCACAUCCACCAUGCAACGACUCAAGGCACUAACGACAGGGAGCCUCCCCACGUUCAUCGAUAUCGGCUCCAACUUCAACAGUUAUGAGAUUCUUGAGGACAGUCUAAUCCGUCAAGUCAGCAAAAAUGCCCGAAAUAUAACUUUUAUGGGUGACGACACAUGGCUGGGUCUUUAUCCGAGCAUGCUCAGUAAAGUGUUCCCCUACCCUUCCCUGAAUGUAAAGGACAUACACACGGUGGACGAUGGAGUACUGAGUCAGCUGUUUUCCGAGUUGAAGAAGGGAGAUUCUGACUUGCUAAUCGGACAUUUUCUAGGGGUGGACCAUAUCGGACAUACAUACGGCCCCUCCCACUGGACAAUGGGGGAGAAACUGCCACAGAUGGACCGGAUGGUCAGAGAUGUGGUGGAGGCAGUAGACGAGGAGACGAUGGUGUUGGUGUUCGGAGACCACGGAAUGACGAGCACAGGUGACCAUGGCGGGGAGACAGAGCUCGAGACACAUGCUGCACUAUUGGUCUACUCCAAACAACCCCUUUUCCAUCAUCAGCAGCCAUUUGAACGUUCAGUGUAUCAGAUCGACCUGGUUCCCACGGUGGCGCUGUUACUAGGACUACCCAUCCCCUUCUCCAAUCUUGGAAUGCUCAUUCCGGAACUACUACACCCGUCUCACACAGAGGGCUACUCUCACACUGAUGGCUACUCUGGUGGUGUCACUCACAAACUACUCACUGCUUUAAGAAUCAAUGCAGAACAGAUACACAACUACCUAAAUACAUAUGCACUCUACUCUGAGGAUUUUCCCCAGCAAGUUUUUAAAGAAUUGGGUGAGAAAUUGGUUGUCGUGAAGUCUCUGCAUGACGCGUGUUUCCUCGAGGCUUCUCAAGAUGAGCUGACAGCUGUGGCGAAUGGUUACGUCAUCUAUAUGAGAGAGGUGAAGGAAAUGUGUCAUCAAGUGUGGGCAAAAUUCGAUAAUAAAUUCAUCUUUAUUGGACUGUUUUUUGUUAUUUUGGCUGUGUUGUCUGCGUUUGUCUUUUUGACGAAUAAACAUUGGCUGGGUACUGUUGUAUUUUGCACUGUAUUCUGUGCAUUGGUGUGUGUUAUGAUCAGCAGUUCACUUGAAGAUGCUUUACUCAAUCUUGUCUACUGUGUGUGUGCCCUAAAUUUAAUUGUUUUGAUUCGCUGGAUGUUUAAUUUCUUCUUGGUGCAUUUUCCACCAUCACUAAGUAAGUUACGCUCACUACUUGACCCCCUCUCUGUUUUUGCCCUGCUAUUAGUAGUCCUCCAUGCAUUCUCUCUACUAUCAAACUCGUUUGUACUCUAUGAAGGAGAUAUGGUCUUGUUUUUCCUACAAACUCUUAUUUUCUGUUUGGCUUUGAAGCAUCUUCGACUGGUUGCCAUUGAAGAGAAGGGUGGACUACUCAGUACUUUGUUUCCCUACGUCGCCCUCAGUGGAUGUCUGAGACUCAGUAAACUAUUCUACUCUUGCAGAGACUUACAAUAUCAAGAUGGGUGCCAGGAUACCACCUUUACACAGCCGUACACAAUAGCAGCUGAAAGCCUCGGGGGCUGGGUUAACAUUCGAUUAUUCUUGUCUUCUGCCACUGUUGUAGUAACACCCAUUUUAAUUUACGAGGCAAUUUUCCGAAAUUCAUUGUCAAAAUUUGUCCACGUACUGUAUAUGGUUCGGUAUGGUCUACCUGUAGCUGGACUAUGUGUUGUGGGGUACUGGAGUGUUCAGUUGCUGCCGUCCAAUCAGCUGUCGUAUUGGCAUCAUGUGACUUUGCCAUGGGUUGUCUAUGUUGUGUGUGGUGUGAUUCUUGUGAUGGCAGUGUGGCAUCCAAUCAGAGGAGCUGCAACAAGUAGUGUGAAAAGUGACACAGCCCUCGUUAUAGUUGUCGUGGUGACCAGCUUGUGGGUGCCUCUGACAAUGUUGCUAAAUGAUGGACUAGCAUUGGCCAGUGGUGCUAUUGCCCUGCAAGCUGUUCUCUCUGUACAAGUGCUCUCCAAAGCAGAGUCCCCGCUAGUGGUGGCUGUGUUCUGGGCUCUUCUGACCUCUCACUCUUUCUUUGCCUGUGGCCACACGACCACUGUCACCAGUCUAAGAGUGGAGGCAGCUUUCACUGGUAUCCAUGGAGAGAUCAACAAGUUCAACCUCCCUCUGGCUGGGCUACUAGUGGGACUCAACACACUCGGACCUCAGUUGUUGUUUGGUCUGGCCACGCCCCUCCUCUCAGUCGUUCCAAACAGUCAACGUCUUCAAACCCAUCAAUCACUGAAGCUGGCCCUCACACUGAUAGCCAUACACUCACUCAAACUGAUGGUGACUAUGUUUGCUGCUUCUCUCCAUCGCCGACACCUCAUGAUUUGGCAGGUGUUCACUCCUAGGGUGCUCUACGAGGGAGCCUUCCAACUAACUGCAAACAUUUCAGUGCUUAUCUCUAUGCUAGUGGCUAGUAGAGUAAAGAAUUUGCUUCAGAUGUAAUAUAAUAAUCAUUCAUGCAUGCAUUCAUUUUCACCAUUCAGUGUUUUUGUCAGAAAUGAGUUUGAAACAAUUCUUUGAUUCUGAUGUGAA